UGUGAGUGGCAACGGAGAGGACGACACAACAGGAUACAUAGGACACACACAAUGAAUGAGUGGUGCUCCAGUGCGUGUGCAUGUGUGUGUGCGUUCCUCACCUUAACGGUGGUCCUCAUUGUGCUGCGAUCCGUUGUCCUUCACGUCGCCCUUCGCCCCGCCACCAACACCCCGCUGCCCGGCCUUAGCGGCCAUCGACAGAUCCGCCUUGGGCACUGGUAGUACUACAGCCUCCCACCCCUCACCCUCUCCCUUGGCUCCUCCGUCUGCGGCCGUCUCGCCAUCCUGUCCGCCCUCGUCGGCCGCAUUGCUGCUCGGAUGGGCUGUCUGUAUCUCAAUGGGCUGUCCAGAGCCUUCCUGCAGGCAGCGCAUCCACACAACGACACCAACCAGAGACAUGCAUAAACAUACUGGUUGGUGCGAAUGGUGACUGACUCACCUGAGCGCCUGGCUGUUCGGGUCUCGGUGAGAGAGCGCCUCCACGAUAACAAGCUGCCAUUGCGGCGGCAACUCCCGACUUGGGAGCCGAGGACUUUGGCGUCCACGCCUUGCUGUUGAGCAGUGUGGGCCAGUGGGUAAUUCUCACCGCCGUGCGAUGGUGCCGGUGUAGAGAGGCUCUUCGUGUGGGUGCUGGCCGCUGGCUGAAGUGGCAGAAGGUCUUGGUCACGGUGAACCGCCAUUCUGGCGGCAGCAUGGGCGUAGCGAGGGCCGCGGGCUCAGCAUUUCCGUGAUAAACUUGGUGAUCAAACAGGUCCUGCCGCACACACAACACAACACAACACGACGCCAUCAGGGAUGGGAAUGCAUCAACACAACAAUGAGGAAUGCAUCUGUCUUCUGUCGAGAAAUAUGAAUUCAUCCGCCCGCCCGCCCGCCACAGCCGUCCCUUGUGUGGCUAUUCUGCCCCUGGCCUGCAUGCAUGGCCUCCCUUAUGCCUUCCUGCCUCCCUGCCCGUCCCAUCAUCCACCAUAUUGCAUCAUCCAUCGUGUCGUGUCCAAUUGGUCGUGUCGCGUCGUGCUGUUCACCUUCGCGUCCUUGUGC